UUUACUUUCGGUCAAACGUCAUCCGUUCACUUUGCUCUCAACUAUCAUGUGCUUAAUGCUAAAUUAAUUUUGCUCUUCUAAAACCUUUUAGCUUUCUUAUUUCUUCUUGUGAUUUACUUAGUGCGACGAGUGAUCAGUGAAAAUGGUGUUCAGUUUGCGUGAAAUGCUGUCACGGCUGCGGUACACACACGAUGAGAGGGAUUGUGUUCAUGAUGAAGACGAGAGAGGCUCAGACGAGCUUCUUUCGCAGAGUGGCGUCACCGUCAUGGCGCCCGCCGCUCCGCACCACGCCGACAAUAACAACCAAGACUCCGCCGCGAAAAAGGUGAAACUGGAACAGAAUGUGGGCAAGCCGUCCCGCGUCAUCCACAUACGGAACAUACCCAACGAAACGACAGAGGCGGAGAUCAUACAGCUCGGCCUACCCUUCGGAAGAGUCACCAAUGUGCUCGUGCUCAAAGGCAAAAAUCAG